GCUGAGCGUAUAUACUGAAACCUGAAGCAACUGCAGUCUCCAGAAGUAAAGACUAAAAAAGCCGAUACAUUUAGCCUAUUUUGGUGAACAAAAUUUACCUAAAAACAAAGAUGCAAAGUCAAGAUGAAAUUCGGAACCUCCCUAUUGACAUCGCAUUCUCUCGCCUCGGAGAAUGGCUGGUGGAUCGAAAGAGAAUUCCUGGGGACUGGAGGAAGCGAAUGACGGCUGUGAGGUCGAAGAUUGCGACGUCGUUUGCUUCACUGCCGAAAGACAUCGAUCCUUUCUUCCAAACCCUCGACCUCGAAGGGAUUGGCUACUUGGAAGCUAAACAAGUAUAUGAAAUUCUUUUAAGAUCAACCCCAGAAAGCCGUAAUAUUUUUGGCCGGCUCUCAGGUGCUGCUGGUGAUUGGGAGGCUAUAGUGCGUGCUUAUGAGAAAGAUCAUAUAUUUCUCGGUGAAGCUGCUCAGUUAAUGGUCCAAAAUGUGAACUAUGAAAUCCCAUAUCUAAAGAAGCAAGUGCAAAAGAGUCAACAGCAGCUUGCGGAAUUAGAACGGAAGGAAGCUGAUAUAAAAAGAAAUGCAGCUCUUUCAGCAGCAAAAUAUGCAGAGGCUUGUCAGGAGCUAGGAUUGCAGGGUAUUAAUGUCAGGUCAGAGUUGUUAGAAACAGCUAUAACAUCUCUUCCAAGCACUUUUGGCCGUGUUUUAGAAGCAUUGAGUAGUGAUUCUGUUUCGAGGGCCAUUGAGUUCUAUUCAACAUUCGUUGAAGAUGCUCACACAGAGAAGAAUAAAACUCCAGAUCCUGUGUUGCCAAACUUGAUUUUUGUUCGCGAAAAGCCCCCUUCUCUUAAUGUUUCUGCAAGUCCUGAAAUUUAUGAUGCUGUUGGUGCUCAAGUGUGCCCAGAUGAACACGCACUUGAUGCUGGGGCAGCCAACAUUGCAGCUGAUGGCAUUGACUGGGAUAUUACUUUAGAGAGCUCUCAGAUUGAUUGGGAUAUUGGUACUGUGGAAACAGAAGAUAAUGGUAAUGGAUUGGGUCCAUAUGAAAUAGUUAAUGCUAGUGAUGUUUUACCAAAUUCGCCUCAUAAGGAUGGUGCUGAGACUCAUCAGAUCUCAGAAAAUAUUGAAGGCCCUAUAGCUCCAGAUGUCUCCAUGUCAGGGAUCUCUUGGGAUAUAAGUGUUGAAAAUCCACAGGUUGGUGGUGCUGAGGAUGCCAGUUUACUGGGCACUGGCACAGAAUUUGGUUCGACCUAUCAUUAUACUAGAGAUGAAGUAACAGGAAGUAACCAAGACAGGAGUCAACUUAUGGAGACAGAGUACAGGAACAAGAUUCUUGAUGACUUAUUUGAGGUUAAAGCAUUUCUGAACCAGCGGUUGCUUGAAUUGACAAAUGGAGAAACCUUAUCUUUACAACAUCAAGUCCAAGCAGUAGCUCCCUUUGUGCUCCAGCAAUACGCUUCUGACUCAAUUCAGGCAAUGCUGUCUGAUAUCUCAUUAGCCAUCUCAUUAUUAACAAAUAGGAAAACAAGGGACCUGAUCAUGAUACUCAACUCCAGAAGAUUUUUGGAUCGCUUGGUAAGUACAUUGGACGAAAAGAAGCACCAUGAGAUUAAGCUAAAUGAAGGAUUGAAAGACCUUUAUACUAAACGCCUAGAGCUGCAAAAUUCGUUGUCUUCCUCGUGGCCGAAACAAGAAGCUGCUCUUGUGAAAACCAGAGAGUUGAAGAAACUUUGUGAGAGUACUCUUUCAAAGCAAUUUGAUGGGAGACCUGUCAAUGUUAUUGGAGAGAUUAAUGCAUUGUUGAAUAGUGGCUUAAAUGUAUAACUUAUCCUGCUAGUAGUUGUUCAUUGUAGUAGGCAAUGUCAAACAAAAUGGUUUAGGUGCACAAAUUUUGUUCUUGCCAAACAUUGUUAGCCAACAAAAGGCGCAAAUUUUCUGCUAUGAGUUGUUUGUUGUAGGUCGACAAUGACGAGACUAUACGGUUUAGGUUGCAUAAUUUCAUUCUUGCCCGAACAUCAUUAGCCAACAUUGUUUAUAUAUUUGAACCACUUUGAUAUUA